CCCCUCCCCUCACUACAUUCUCAAAAAUGAGGCCGAUUCUUCUUCAGGGCCACGAGCGUUCGCUCACACAAAUCAAGUUCAACCGCGAAGGCGACCUCCUGUUCACAUCCUCGAAAGAUAGCAUCAUCAACGUCUGGUACGCGCACAACGGAGAGCGGCUGGGGACAUACGAUGGGCAUAACGGGACGGUCUGGACGAUCGAUGUCGACUCCUCAUCGCGCUUCCUCGUCAGCGGUUCUGCCGACAACACGAUGCGUCUGUGGUCCGUCGAGACCGGGAAGUGCCUCUUCUUCUGGGAGUUCCCUACCGCAGUGAAGCGGGUCGCGUUCAACGAGGAUGACGACCAGGUCGUCUGCAUCACCGAGCAGCGCAUGGGCCACCAGGGCGCCGUGCGAGUAUUCGAAAUUAACCGCGACGGCGAUGGCACCAACCAAUCAAAGGAGCCCAUCUCCAUGUUCAACCCCGUCGGCUCAAAGGCCGUCGUCUGUGCCUUCGCCCACACAGACGACCUCAUCAUCACCGGCCACGAGUCCGGAAAAGUCUCCCUGUUCGACGCCAAGUCUGGGGAGGAGGUGCAAUUGAACGAACACGCUCAUCGUGAUACCGUCACGGAUCUGCAACUCGCGCCGGACCGGUCAUACUUCAUCACAAGCAGCAAGGACAAGACCGCAAGGGUGCGUGCGGAUCGUCGCUCGCAGCACACCUGUUAUACUGAGCUUCCUUUACAUCAGAUACACGAGACCCGGACACUCACUGUGCUCAAGACGUACAUCACUGAGACACCGCUGAACAGCGCUGCGAUCGCCCCUGGCAAGCCGUACAUUCUCCUUGGUGGUGGGCAAGAUGCGAUGAGCGUCACGACCACCUCGCUGCGGCAGGGUAAGUUCGAGACGCGGUUCUGGCACAAGGUCCUUGAAGAGGAGGUCGGCCGCGUCAAGGGCCACUUCGGUCCCGUGAACACUAUUGCUGUGUCACCAAAGGGCGACUGCUACGCAUCGGGAGGAGAAGACGGUUUCGUGCGUGUGCAUCACUUCGACGAGACGUACUUCCGCGCGAAGCCGUAUGGAGACUUGGAGAUCGAGGAUUAGGUUGUAUGUACGAUAGAGCGGGCGCGAGGUGGCUGCGCCGCGAUGUAGCCGGCUUUUCGUCGGGAUGCUUGUUGUUCUGCUGUUCGUUCCUACACGCUCUCAGCUGUAGCUAUACUGUAUCAUCCACACGCGCGACGCACGUUUG